AAAUCAUUGAUUCGUUACAGGUGAUGCCAUGUGUUCCCGUGGUUACAUUCAAUAAAAAUGGCGCCUCAUACUAGUUGGAAUUUUAUGAUAUUUAGCUUAGUAUUGAAAGUAUGUGAAGCAUUUGAGUUCUGUACCGAACAUUCAUCUCCCUCAAAUACAAUUGACUACAUGUACUGUGAAUAUAGUUGUUGUGGAUACAUAUAUAACAGAUAUUGUUGCGAAAAUUUUUCUGGUGUAAUAGCCGGAGCGGUUAUAGGAUCUAUAGUUUUUCUUGGAGUAAUUAUUGGUGUUAUUUUGUGCGUUGUAAAGAAGAAAGGACACCGUGGAACAGUGAUAGCACCGGCUGGUGGUGGUACACAUAUUACACAACAUUCAGUCGCAUUUGUAACAGCUACACAGAUCCAGCCACCAACCUACUCACAGCUUCCACCUGCUUAUGGAGUUGCUCCUGGGUACCAGGCUACCUAUUCGUACCCACCAACACCAAUGUUUGCUCCUUUAGGAGCAUAUCCACCGCCACCAGCUUACCCACAGGAUGUGGCCUAUCCACCGACAGCUCCACCUUGUGCACAUCAGCCAUCAUCAAAAACUUAACGAUUUGUUCAUAGAAUUAGUUAAAGCCACCAUCUGAAUACUCAUUACACAUCAAUGCAUAAUUGUUUUAAUUUAUCCGAUAGAACGUACUUAUAUAAUAUUCAUGUUCAAUCAUUGAAUGGUUUGCCGUUUGGAUUAUCUAGAUUUAAACAAUGAAUUUAUAGAUGUGGGAUUUCGAAUCAAAAACUUUGUGAUAUAUUUUAAUUGUUAAAAUUUUGUUAUCUUAAUAAAGCCAAAACCUAUGUAUAUGA